GACCGGCCGGAUGCCUACGGGCGCGAGCUGCGGGCUGCGGGUUCGCUUCAGUUGAAUGAAAGGCACGGCGGUGAAAGAACGUGUCGUCGGGAACGCGUGCUUCUCGCUUACGUACAUCAUUCGCGCAUACAAAGUCCUUCCACUGCGUACUUUCUGCGUACCUCGCGCUGAAUCCCGGCACGCAGCUCGCGUCGCGGAGAAUGAGAAAAUCUGGAGACGGGUCGACCGUCCUGCAUUUCGGGCGCUGAGCUUGCGGCUACGACGUGCCGUACCGUGAGAAACGUGAGAGAUUAUCGCGAGGCCGCCGAUAACGCGAUGAGACGACGAUAGCGUAGUUUCGCUCACGAAGUUCAAAGUUGUAUUGAUCAGCCGGAAUGGGGUCUGCAAUCUGGUGGCUGAUCGCGGCCGCUGCCGCGGUAAUCUCAACUGGAACGACAGCCCUCGAGGGACCAAACAUAUGCACCCGGCAGGACACGUACACAGUUACGGUAAAAGUGUCCGAGCAAAAACCAUAUACCGUGAGGGAGAACACGUGGUGCUUCAGCUUCCCACCGAGAUGUUCCAAAUACAAAGUAGUCUACCGAACGGUCUACAAAGAACAGGAAUUGACGAAACAAAGGCCCGUGGAGGAAUGCUGCAAAGGCUACACGGAGACCACGAAUGGCGAUCGUUGCAUUCCGGUCUGUUCCAAGGAUUGCCGCCAUGGUACUUGCAUCGCGCCGGACGUCUGCAAGUGCGAGUCGGGAUACGGCGGCCCGUUAUGCGACUUCAGGUGCCCGUUGGGUAAAUGGGGCAGAGAUUGCGAGAUGGAUUGCAAGUGCCAGAACGGGGCCACGUGCGAUCCGUUCGACGGCAAGUGCAUGUGCACCAGGGGCUGGACCAGCGUGUACUGCGAUCAAAAGUGUCCUGCUAAUCGCUACGGGCAGGACUGCGCCGAGGAGUGCCGUUGCAGAAACGGUGGAAGCUGCCAUCAUAUCUCCGGCGAAUGUCAUUGCGCCUCCGGUUACACCGGACCAUUAUGCGACGACUUGUGUCCGGUGGGCAAGCACGGUGAGGAAUGCAAGUCGGAAUGCCGUUGCCAAAACGGCGGAUCCUGCAACCCAAUGACCGGCGAAUGCUAUUGCACAUCCGGCUGGACGGGUUCGGUUUGUGCGAAUCGCUGUCCAGAGCAUUUCUGGGGCAAGAAUUGCUCUCAGGUCUGUGAUUGCUACAAUGGAGCCGGUUGCAAUCAUAUCACGGGCGAGUGCGAAUGCAAACCGGGCUUCUACGGCGACAAAUGUCUGAAGAUCUGUCCCGAGGGCACAUUUGGACUGAAUUGCAAAAAGAAUUGCACCUGUGAAAACGGUGCCACGUGUAAUCCCACUAACGGCACCUGUGUAUGUAGUCCAGGUUGGGUGGGUAAAACAUGUAGCCAACGUGCUUGCCAGUAUGGUUUGUACGGUCCCAACUGUACGAAGGUUUGCGAGUGCGAAAACGAUAAUACAGAGCUCUGCCAUCCCUGGACCGGGCAAUGUUCUUGCAAAAUGGGAUGGGACGGCGAAACUUGUUCCAGGCCGUGCCCCUUCUAUACAUUCGGCAAGGGUUGUCAGAAUCGCUGCAACUGCAAGAAUAACGCGCAGUGUUCACCCAUCGACGGCACUUGUAUCUGCGCGGCCGGAUAUCGCGGAAAGGAUUGCGGCGAGCUCUGCCCUGCGAACACCUUCGGUGAGGACUGCGCGCAAAAGUGCGCCUGCAAAAACGGUGCCACUUGCUCGCCUGAGAACGGACGGUGCAACUGCACGGCUGGAUGGGUCGGCGUCUUGUGCGAUCGUCCGUGCGACGAUAAGUCCUAUGGCAAGGACUGCGAGGGCAAGUGCAAAUGUUUUAACAAUGCGGCCUGCAACCCGCAAAAUGGCACGUGCACGUGUGCGGCUGGCUUCACCGGCACACUGUGUCAGGAUCGUUGUAAAAAGGGCUUCUUUGGAAACGGAUGCAAUCAGACUUGCGACUGUGCCGAGGAGAACGCCGUGGACUGUGACUCCGCUACCGGGUAUUGCAUCUGUAAGCCGGAAUGGCGAGGAAUACGAUGCGAAACAAAGUGUCCGGAGGGUCUUUACGGGAAGGAUUGUCACUCGCAUUGCGAAUGCAUGAACAAUAGUUCGUGUGAUCCCACGACCGGAAGUUGCGUCUGCGCCAGAGGUUGGGAAGGCCCCGACUGCUCGCGACCUUGCAGAGAAGAAUGGUACGGGCUGGGAUGCAGAGAAAAGUGUCCAGAGAAAGUAAACGGGAACAUGACUUGCGAUCACGUUACUGGCGAGUACGUCUGCCGUCCGGGAUAUCUGGGUCUCACCUGUGAACACCCGUGUCCGCCCAAUCGUUACGGACUAAACUGCGCGAAUCACUGUCACUGUAGAAACGGCGGGGAAUGUCAUCACGUAACAGGUGUAUGCCAGUGCCGACCUGGCUGGCAAGGCGAGUACUGUCAAACACCUUGCGCGGAGGGCACAUACGGCGUGAAUUGCACGCAGCAUUGCAAGUGUCAAAACGGCGGUAAAUGCAGAUCCAACGAUGGCCACUGUCGAUGCCCGUCGGGAUGGACCGGAACCAGAUGUACUGAGAUUUGUCCCGAGGGAUAUUACGGUGAUCACUGCAUGGAGCCAUGCGAAUGUAAAAACGAUUUCUUUAUAUGCCAUCCAGCCGAAGGUUGUAUUUGCAGACAUGGAUAUGCAGGUGAGAAUUGUGACGAGCAACUAUUCUCUCGUAAUAUUCAAGAAAAGGAAGACGGAGGAUACGGGCACAUUGUAGGAGUCGUAUUCGCAACUUUGAUCAUAGUUGGAGUUUUGUUAGCGGCGUGGAUGUACCAUCGUCGUAGAGUGGCUGAUCUCAAGAGUGAGAUAGCUCAAGUACAAUAUACGGCCGAGCCUGUAUCUCCGCCAGAACGAAAUCAAUUCGACAAUCCGGUGUAUGCAUAUCAAGGUUCCUCGAAGUUCGACGAUGGCACCACUACCUUGUUAAACAACUUCCAAUUCCGGAAUAAUUUCCAUAAGAACAUAAACACCGAGAAGGCUAAAUUCGGCUUAGGCAGCUGUACCGACGAUGAAGACGACUGCAAAGGAGCGUAUGGAUUGCAAUACGACCUGAAGAACAGGGAUGCUGAUAUGGGAAAUCCAAACUUGAAUGUGUAUCACAGCAUCGACGAGAACGACGGGAAGAAAGUCGAGCACGUCUAUGACGAGAUCAAGCAGAACAACGAGUCGGAAUACGACGAGCUGAAUCAGCCGCGGCCGGUGAGCUGGAACAUAAAGCCACACACGAGUCGGACAGCUAACGGCUUCCUGCCUAAAUUAUCAUGUGACAAUCCGGGACCUAGUAAAGCGAUAGACAAGGAUCCGGAGUUAGGUGAAACCUAAAAGAAAGUCCACGCAGCGUUCCUCGUUUUCAACUGCCCUGCUUUGGAGUAGAAAGAGCUUUAUUUACGAUUGGUCGGAAGACUCUGUCCCCUUUUUAUAAGGAACAAGUCUGUGGUAUUAUUUUUAUCAUUUAAGCAAAUUUCUAACGUAAGUCGUUACAACAUAAUUACAGUUAAAUUAAUUAUGAAAUUAGUUCUUUGUAAAAAUUAUGUUGGUUGUUUUACGAAAUCUAUCGCGCGCUUAUCAUGCCUUUGUCUGAUAAAAUACGGCAGUAUUAAAGCGAGAAUAUUAUUUCGUAUAUUAGACAGAAAAAUCUAUUGUAAAACAACAAAAUUUUCUUUUCGGCAUGCUCUUUUAAUAUUUAGCUUUUACCUUUCACCUGAGAUAUUAUCGAUCUCUGUCAUUUUCUCACCGAUCAUCCAACUACGAUGAGAAGAUGAACGUCUUUGUACAUAUAAACGUAUAUUCUUUCUAAGUGUAGUUUUAAUUAAAUUAUUAUAUAUCUAUUUGAUAUACGCAUAUGUUGCCAAAACGGGCAUAAGUAAUUUAAGAAGCCGGAAAUGAUAAACAAAGUAUAAGAGAAAAAUUAAGAAUGAAGAUUGGAUACACAAAAGUUUUAUAUGUUGUGAAAGAUUCUUUAUAUAUCGAUAUUUUUUAUUCGUGGUUAUCAAUAUCGCAAUGGUUAUAAGAACAUUUGAAAGGAUUCUAAUUGUUAAUUCUGACAUUUAUAUAAUUUAGUAUAUAUUAAAAUAAGAUAGAUCAUGUCCCGAUAACGUUAAAUAUUCAUAAAAUGUUCGAUUCGUAUUCCAAAUGUUCUAAUGUAUAUCUCAAGCGACACAGAUUUAAAAUACGUUUAAUAAACGUUAAAAAUCAAUUUUAAACGUUUGAAUGGAAAAACAAACAUUUAAAAUUUUAUAAAUUUAUUAAAAUAUUAAUACGUAUAAAAACAUUUUAGAAGAUUUUAUAUUUUAAUGUUUUUUUGCUAGCUUAUAAUACCGUUUUUAUACGAAACAUUUCGAUGAUUUAAUAAACAUUAAAUAGAUGUUAAAAACGUUUAAUAAAUGUUUUUAUAAAAUCUUUAAAAUCUUAAAAAUCUUAAAAAUAUGUUUUUGAAGCAUUCAUUAAAUGUAAAUGGUUUGCUUGGAAGUAAUGGAAGAAUGUUUACGAAAUGUUCAUAUGUUAAUGAAAUACUUUGAACGAUACGCGUCCCAGCCACCAGAUAUAUACAGCAGAGUUAUAUUUCUUCUAAAUAAAAAUUAUAUGAGUUCAAGGUUAGGAAAGUUACUUUUUAAAACUGCAGUUGCUUGUUACUCAAGUAACAAUUCAUUACUUUUCUGUUACUUUUUAACCCUAAAAAUAAGAUUAAAUUAAACAUAAAAUUUACUUUUCUAAUGUUCUUUAAAAUAUAAAAUUAAAACUAUGUUAUAUUUUUAAAAAAAGAUAAUAUUAUAUUCUAUCUUGAAUUGACGAGACCAAGAAAAGUUUAAGAGAAAUGUUUAAUAUCUCUCAAAAUGCAAAUUAAAAAAUUUGAUUAAAUUUAUAAAUUUAAGCAAAUUCAACGAAUUUCAGCAAAUUUUAUAUUUUUAUUACACCUUCAGUCUUGUGUUUAAAAAUUUUAACACGAUAAUUUCAGACUUAAAAUCAUUCUUAAAAUGUAUAUGAUAAUAAGCGAUUGAUUUAUAUUAUCUUAAAACUUAACUUACCCCAAUAGUAUCUCUUAAAAAUGUCCAUAAAACACUUUAAAAAGAUAUAAUGAUGUUUUAUGGAUGUUUUGUUAUCUGGGUUAAGAUAAUAUUGUACAAUUCGCACCCAAGUUAUCGUUUGAGACUACUUAGAACUUAAUGGAUUCAGCCGUUACUCUCAUAAUCUCUGGUACUCGGAAGCCGCUGGUUCGCGUAAAGAGACGCGGUCUUUCUUGCUACGUGUUCAUUUGGCGCGAGACAUUACCGCGUCUCUUGAUAUUAAAUAUAACAACAGACUAUAUAUAAAUACUGAAUAUUAAAUACACAAUGGAAAUUAUGUUACAAAUAAUUAUCAUCAAAGCUUAAAGCGUCAAAAGUAAUCUUUAAAUUUAUUACUGUUACUAAAAAUAUAUAAUUACGUUAUUUGGAAAAUGUCCGUUACUAAAAAAAAAGUUAAUGACUGAAACGGCGUUGUAAGUAACGCGUUAUUUUCUGUAUAUAGGAUAGAUAUAAUCCGUAUCCUAACGAAAGUAUUUCUCGAAGGUAAACCUCCAAAAUUGAGCUUCAACAUGAAAGUAAAUGAAAUGUAUUUGACAGUACAAUUUUGUUUAGUUUUGUUGAGAAAGUUAAUUCAGAAAGAGUAGAUUUCUGAGAGAAUGACAAUUUUUUUGGAAUAUACGGAACAUUCUUCAAAUGCAUAAAAAUUAUUCCAUAUGUCCUUUAAAUAUUCUUAAAAAAUUCAAAAUUUUACUGACAUUUGAACUGACUUCUUCAUUCUAUAAAUAUUUCGAGAUAGGCCGUAACGUUCUUAAAAUGUUACUUUUUAACUUCUCAUGAACAUUUCGUGAAUACUUCAGGAAUAUUUAACAAUAGCUAGAUGCGAGUUGGUUUAUGCGAACGAAUGCAAUUUAAAUGCAAUAAAAUGGGUAAUAUUGCACUUAAAUAUUGUCCGCAAUAAAUUAGAUGAUAACUAUAAAUGUGGCAUAUUCUUAUGAUACGUAAGUGAAUGAGAAGUGUGCAGUCUUAACUUUUAUCUUUUUGUUCUACUUACAAGGGGAACCUGCCAGCGGUACAUCAUCGAUUUUAAUAAAAUUUUAUGAGUGUGUGAUAUUCAUUCAUUACUACAGUAAAGCUGUAAGUUUAGACAUUCUCGAAAAAAUCACGAUUAAAUAUUUACAGCACCUAUAAUACCGUUACAGAAGAAAUCUUGUCGUUCUUCUUCUUUGAACUAGGGCUCAUUGACACUCUUGAAAUAUCCAUAUUGUCAAUAAAUGAGCACGAAUAUUUUUUGCGAAAUACAUGUUCGUGGGAGCAAGUUUAACCCGAAAUACGACUGUGUCGAGAUUAUGUUGUUAUUAUCAAUUUUUCCGACAAGGAGUUUUGUAUACGAGCUAACAAUAAGAUCUGGACAAAACAAAUAACAAAAGCACAACCGUUUUACUCGGAGAUUGUUGUAGGUGUAACGAUUUAUAGAAACACGUAUUUUUACGUAACGGUAAAGUCCUAUAGUACCAUUCUUCUGUAACAGUGUUAUAAAUGCUGGAAAUAUUUAGUCGUCAUUUUCUCGAGAAUACCUAAAUAUCGCAACUUACGGCUUUAGUACCGCUGUAGUACCGCGUGAGUGAAUACUGCACACCCAUAAAAUAUUAUUAAAAUCGGCGAUGUCGCUGCUGGUACCCCUUGUUAGUUGUAAUAAGAUAAUUAAUUAUCAGUUAGAUUUAAUCAGAAAAUAUAAAUUUUAAAUGC